AUGCAAACUCAAAAAGGUGAAUCUAAAGACUUAUCCAAGGUUGAUUCGUUAAAAUUAGAAAAUAUUAGAUUUAUGACUAGAAUCGCAGAAUUAGAGCAAAUAGUAAAAGAAAAAAAUAUGCUUGAGACUGAGCUAAAACAGAUUAUAAAAGAAAAUACCAAGAAAGCAAAGUUAAGAGAUGCUAAGCUCAAUGCAAGAAUCAUAGAACUAGAACAGUCAGCAAAAGAAAAUAAAGACUCAAAAGAUGUAUCAAAUAUAAAGACAAGUAUAUCUACUAAAUUAUCCUAUACUUCUAAUUCAGAAAAUAUGAUAAGUGAGAAUAACAAAUCUUUACCAGAGACUAAGGUAAAUACUCAAUUUAAUCUAAUACCUAAUAACUGCACCUCAGAAAUUCUUAUCAGAAAUGAAGCAGAUAUAGAUUCUAUUAUUCUUCUAUUGUAA